AUGAACAACCAGGAAAUUUACAAGUUGUUCAAGAACUCGCGGUUGGCUCAAGUGGCCACGCCCAUGACCAAAACCAUCAGAGGAGCAACGCAGCCAGUCCCCACACACCAGCUUAUCCUGACCACCACCAGCAAUGCCUUAAGAUCCAAUUUCGGUCUUAAGACCGCCUUGCCCAAGCAGGUCGGCUUCUCCGGGAUCGAGUUCAACAACAUCGAUAAUGCUCGCAAGAUGCCGGAUGUCGAGAAGUCGUCUGGCUACAAGUUCAACCGGUUGAGGUUCCAGGAGUCGGAACUUGUGUUGAAGAAAGCGUACAACCGUCCAAACCCAUUGUUUGCCCUGCCCGAAUCCAAGACCGUGCUGUCUUUGAAGGCUGGUCUCCCAGACACGGCGGUGAGCAAGUUCAACAUGGGCAACGAUGCCUCUCUUUCCGAGGUGAAAGCUCUCCUCAAGAGAAACCCCGAGAUCCGUAGACUAUUCAGAGAGUGGCUUCUUGAGAACAGCCCCGAGUCUGUGAUGUUGAAAAUCCCAUCGAAACUCGACCAGCUCCUCAAAGACUUCCUCGCAAGCAGCCCGCUUGUCAGAAAGCAGUUCGGCAUCAGUGAUCUCAUAAAGAGCGACACCUCUUCCAAAAACACAAUCCAGGGAUCUGCCGGUCUCUCUUACCUGCAAAGAGGUCGUCUCACAAACUCUCCCAACGGUGUUAAGAGCGGUUUCAUCGCUCCAGGUAGACUUGUCAAGGGCAACAGAGAGGCUGCUAUUGGUGGUUUUGUUGCUGGCGUCAACGAAAGAACCCUUCAGUUGCAGUCCAACUACAUCAACAAUGCCCCCGGAAAGCACAGCAGACAGUUUGUCCUUCCUUUCAAGGUUGUCGAGGCUGAGUUGACUCCUAAGGGUGCCGUUCGUAUGUUCGCCGAUGGUGUCAGAGUGGGCGACUGGAUGAGAAACAGUGAUGUUGGAUCUUCUCGCAACUACACUCCAUCUAACCCUAACUUCAAUAGCAUGUCCGAGAGAAAUCAACAGGACACCAAUGCUUUAGAAGCCUUGUUGGGCUUGGUUUCGCGCCCAAGAAACUAA